AUGGGUACUGGUGAAGGUGACAUUUUCACGAAGCCACAGCCCAUGGUCACCCCCUGCGAAGCUCUGAACUUGUGCAUUCCCAGGCCAGUCCCCUGUUGUCUUUCAAAGGCAACCAGGCUUGUGCUUUGCUUGAAGAGAGCGGAGGGUAGCAGCACAGUGACAGCGUCUGGGACCUCAGACCAGUUUCCACAGCCACUUACGAAAGCAGAUGGCUCCAUGGGCUGGAGGAGAUGUGACGCUCUGGAAAAAGCUCGGGUGCGGGUGGGAAAGAAAAUCGAGCUGAGCAGCGGGAAGUCGAAGUCGCGAACGGUGGAGAGACUACAACUCCCAGUAUGCAGCGCGAGGCGCGCCUCACCCUGCAUCUCCCCGCCCUGGGCUGGGCUCACGGGCCAGCCCGCAGCCUGCUGGCAUCCUAGACCCUCUGCCCUACGACCAACAGCCGGGAGCGGACCAGACAGCAGAACUCCCGGAACGGUUGAAGACGGUUCCGCUCCCUGUCCCGCCUUUCGCAGCCCAGCAGUUUCGCCCUGCGGAGAGAAGCCUUGCUGUUUCCAAAUCUCUCCUGCUGAGGAGACAUUGGAGCUAGGGCGGCUAGUUUCGCCUGGUAAUUGUGACACCCUGUCUCCUCGAGCUGCAGGCUUUUAUGCUUGUCAUGUUCGAAGUUUGAUACCUUGCGGAUCAACAAAGGGCCGGUGGCCUCUCACUGCCUCCGCUGCAGGGUUGUCAAGGAGCGCCGCUUGGACCCCCGGGCUCACUGCGUGGCCCGUAUCUAGGCCGGGCCUCUCACGGAGACUUUCCCGCCAGUGUAAUAAAGAGGAGAAAACGUCACAGCGGAAGGGCCUGACCCUAAGGAAACAGCUACGGGGAUGGGACCCUUUUUUCAGAUUAAGUACUGCAGGACUACUUACUUCUGAAACUCAUAGACACUGCCUCAGCUCUGUGCAGGGCAGAUGCACAAGAGCUGAAUCUCCGUGGGACAGCUCUUUGGAGCAUCAAUAUUACUGCAGUAUUUGGAAGAAACAAAUUUAAAUAAGUUCUAAUGUAAAGAAUGGAACAUUUAAGACAAGUCUGGAAAGUCAUCUGCCUUUAGUAACUGUCGUCUGUCCCUCACAUGUCAGACUUUCUCCAAGACAAAAACUCUAAGAACUUAUUUCCAUUCUUAUAAAUAGUAAAAAUGAUAAAUCAUAUCAAGUCAAUUGAAA